AUGCACUUUUUCGCACUUUCCCUCAUGGCACCAACGCGUGCGACGACGCGUGCCAAAACACCAGCGUGGGCAUGCUUGAGUGAGCCGAGAACACAUGGGAGCAAAGUGCAUGCAGCGCGUCCACUUGGGCGCCCACAUGCACCAACAUAUCAUCGGCCCUACCUUCUCGACCAACCCGACACGGCACAGCAUUUAUUGGCCUGGUUUGAUCACAAACAGCACGAUCGAGACAUGCCGUGGCGUCAGGCAUGGAUCGAACCAGAUGUGCCACAUAGCUCUAAGCGACCACGCUUAGAUGCAGAGGCCCCUCUCACACGGGAAGAGCGCAUUCAGCGAAGGGCGUAUGAAGUAUGGAUCUCGGAAAUUAUGCUGCAGCAAACGCGCGUCGAAACUGUGCGCGAGUAUUGGAAGGCAUGGAUGGAAAAAUGGCCGACGCUUGAGGCCUUAGCGAAUGCGUCUGUUGACGACGUUCUUGCUGUCUGGCGAGGUCUAGGAUACUAUGGCCGCGCGCGUCGUAUCCACGAGGCUGCUCAAAAAGUCAUGACUGAUCCACACUUGCGUGGCCAAUUGCCUGCCAACGCACAAGAGCUGAUGGAGCACAUACCAGGCGUAGGACCGUACACAGCUGGCGCCAUUUCAUCCAUCGUAUUUGGCCACGCUGUGCCCAUUCUCGACGGAAACGUCGCACGCGUCCUAUGUCGUCAGACGGGCCUGUACAGCGAUCCACGCGCCAAAAGUACCAAUGACCUGCUCUGGCACAUGGCGCGCAUGCUGGUUGAGAGCGUGGCGCCACACGAGCGCAGCGACGUGCCAGGGCGCUGGAAUCAGGGACUCAUGGAGCUGGGAAGCACACUUUGCACGCCAACACGACCUGGCUGCGACACAUGUCCCAUCAAGCCAACAUGCCUCACGUAUGCGGAAGGACGUAUGUAUGAGGGAGACUUGGCUCAAAGCGAGGAGAAAGACAUGGAGGACUUGUGCACUUGGUGCGCUCCCAUUCCCGACCCAGCCGAUGACCCGACAGACGUUGAGACAACGUCACCUAAGAAAAAGAAAUCACUCCAGCAAAUGACCCUCACAGGCAAAAAAGCUGCUCCUCCUAAAAAGAGCCAGGGACUCGAUCUGUGCACCAAGUAUACCCAGCUUUUCCCCAUGCGCAUCGCCAAGCAACCGCCGCGCAAUGAAACGCGUCUGGUUUGCAUUAUUCGCGCAACGUCGUUCGACGGUGUGGACUUAGCUGAACCGCUAUACAUGAUCUCACAGCGACCUGACCAGGGCCUGCUCGCCAAAUUAUGGGAGUUCCCCACAGAUAUCCUGCCUAUACCUCAUGAUGAGGAGCUCGACGAUUCGACAUGCAUGGAUCGCACGCAUGACUUCGUGGCGUCACUUCGUCCGCCUCCACCCAUGAGAACCUCCGCCGACCAAGGUCCUGCCGCGGGAAACGCGCCCGUCAUCCUGCGCCCCACCAACGUUCGUCGAUUGGGACGCGUGCGACACGAAUUUAGCCAUUUACACUGGCAUAUGCACGUGGUAUUGGCUGAAGUGGAUGCUCUAUCGCCGCGCGAAUCGAAUCGGCGCGACAAGACGUUGGCGGCGUCGGCGUCUCCUUCCUCAUACGUGCAACCUAUUGAAUGGGCAUUGGCUGACGGUGUCGAGGCUGCAUCUAUGGGCACGGGUUUACAGCGCUGUUGGUCGUUGCUUACACGCAGUGUGUAA